GCUCGACAGCGGGCACCGCGUCAUCUGGCAAGGCAGUGGGCACCGAGUCACCAGGCACGACAGUGGGCUCUGAGUCAAUUGGCACGACAGCGGGCACUGGGUCAUCAGGUACCGGAUCGUCUGGCUCGACAGCAGGCUCCGGGGUCAUCUGGCGCUGGAUCGUCUGGCUCGACAGCAGCAGGCAUCGGGUCACCAGGCAUGACAGCAGGCACUGGGUCAUCAGGUACCGGAUCAUCUGGAUCGACAGCAGGGCAUCGGGUCACCAGGCAUGACAGCGGGCACCGGGUCAUCAGGUACCGGAUCGUCUGGAUCGACAGCAGGCACCGGGUCAUCUGGCCGGGCAUCGGGUCACCAGGCAUGGCAGCGGGCACUGGGUCAUCAGGCAUUGGAUCGUCUGGCUCGACAGCGGGCACUGGGUCAUCAGGCGUGAUAGGAUCAUCAGGCUGGAUCAGCUGGGUAGAGACAUCAGGCUGAAGUGCGGGGGGUGCCGAGGCACC